UUUACCUUCCUUCCCCCGCCCCGAGCCUGCUCCUUUGUCCACCCACUUUGAAGUGCUGUGGGAUCGCCAGGGUGGGAGCAUUGUUGUUCGCUAGCAAAAGAUCAGUCAUGCCGGGGAGAGAGUAGCGAGGGUACGGGGGCUGGGGCCGGCAAAAGCUGAAGGCGACGGGGAGGAGAGACUGCUCCGAGGAUUGCUGUUUGCCUCCCGGUUUCCCUGCAUGGACCGUGAAAGAGACGCAUUGAGUUGACCCUGCCGGAGCUGUUUCUGCUUCUACAUGUGAGAUCCGGUUGGUUUAUUCUCUCCACCUAUCUCUCUCCAGCCUCCUUUCCCUAUUCUCCACUUACUCCUGUAUGCAAAAUGGUGGACCCUGUGGGGUUUGUGGAGGCUUGGAAAGCACAAUUUGCAGACUCUGAGCCUCCUAAAAUGGAGCUGAAAUCUGUGGGAGACAUUGAACAGGAGCUGGAGAUGUGCAAAGCAUCUAUUCGGAGACUGGAGAUGGAGGUCAAUAAGGAAAGGUUCCGCAUGAUUUACCUGCAGACUCUUCUGGCAAAGGAGAAAAAAAGCUAUGAUAGACAGAGAUGGGGUUUUAAACGUGCUUCUCAGUUGCCUGAAGGGGGUGCAGAGCAGCAGAUCCAAGACCUGCAUCACCAGUCUGCUGACCAAGACGAAUAUGAAAAAAGCAAGUCACACCACGGGGAGGAAAAGUUCAAACCCAGGAUACCCUCCCUGCGGAAGCUGUCUACCCAGAGUGAUGGGUCAGACCUGUCGCCUUUGGACAGCCCCCACCAUGGAGAGGGAGAGCAGGACAGGUGUAAGUACUACGGUGAAGAGAAACUGAAGAGAGUUGUAGAAGAUAUGGAGAAUCGCUGUGAUACAGAUGGCUCUCCUUCAAAACACAGAUCGGCUUCCACUCGCAGGCUGGUAGGAUCUGCUGAGAAGGAGGGAUCAUUUGAACCUAUUUCCAAGGAGAGAGGGAAUAGCACCAGCGUGGCAGCCCUAAGGUCAAAUUUUGAGAGGAUUAAAAAGGUUAAUUCACAUUCUUCAGGAGAUAACAAGGAUGUUGUUGAAAAGCCCUUUUAUGUGAACAUGGAGUAUCAUCAUGAGAAGGGUCUAGUAAAGGUCAACGAUAAAGAUGUUUCUGAUAAAAUAAGCUCCCUCGGUAGCCAAGCCAUGCAAAUGGAACGCAAAAAGUCUUUGCACUCCUUGCCUUCUAACAUGGUACCCAGCUUCAGCGAGUUCCAGAGGCCUGCUUACAGGGGAAGGUCCUCGGAGAGCAGCUUUGGCUAUGAUGGAGAAUAUGAGGAUGCUGAACUGAACCCCAGGUUUCUCAAAGAUAACCUGAUUAAUGCCAAUGGCAGCAACCGCUCACCUUGGCAGCCCAUGGACUUUCAGCCAUAUCAAAGUAUCUAUGUUGGUGGAAUGAUGGGGGAAGGAGAAGGGAAAGGACCUAUUCUGCGAAAUCAGGGCACAACUGACCAGGAAAAACAUCUAACGUGGCCCAGGAGAUCUUAUUCUCCCAGGAGUUUUGAAGAUAUUGGAGGAGGAUAUACUCCUGAUUGUAGCUCUAAUGAGAACCUUACCUCCAGUGAGGAAGACUUCUCUUCAGGGCAGUCCAGCCAUGUCUCCCCUAGCCCCACCACUUACCGCAUGUAUCGGGAUAAAAGCCGUUCUCCCUCCCAGAACUCUCAGCAGUCCUUUGACAGUAGCAGUCCACCCACCCCCCAGUCUCAAAAACGGCACAGGCAGCAGCAGGUCAUCGUGUCUGAGGCUACUAUUGUGGGGGUACGAAAAACAGGACAGAUCUGGCCAAGUGAUGGAGACUUGCCUUCUGGGAGAUGUCACCAGGACAGCUGCUUCCAUGGGGAUACAGAUGCUUCGUUCAGUGGCACACCACCUAGCUAUGCGUAUGAUGCAGACCGUGCUGAAGAGCAGAGGCGACACCAUGAUAUGAUGCCCUAUAUUGAUGACUCGCCAUCAUCCUCACCCCAUCUCAGUUCCAAGAGUCGGGGCAGCCGAGACACUCUAUCUUCAGGGUCUCUGGAAUCUACAAAAUCAAGUGAGCCAGACCUGGAGAAAGGCCUGGAGAUGAGAAAAUGGGUCCUGUCAGGAAUCCUAGCCAGUGAGGAAACCUACCUGAGCCACCUGGAAGCUCUGCUGCUGCCUAUGAAGCCUUUGAAAGCAGCUGCCACCACCUCCCAGCCUGUGCUGACUAGUCAGCAGAUUGAGACAAUAUUCUUCAAAGUGCCUGAGCUCUAUGAGAUCCACAAAGAAUUCUAUGAUGGGCUCUUUCCCCGAGUGCAGCAGUGGAGUCACCAGCAACGUGUGGGGGACCUCUUCCAAAAGCUGGCCAGCCAGCUGGGAGUGUACCGGGCCUUUGUGGAUAACUAUGAAGUUGCUAUGGAGACAGCAGAGAAAUGCUGCCAAGCCAAUGCUCAGUUUGCUGAAAUCUCUGAGAAUCUAAAGGCUAGAAGCACAAAGGAAUCUAAAGAUCAGACGACGAAAAAUUCCUUGGAAACUCUGUUAUACAAGCCAGUGGACCGAGUGACUCGCAGCACGCUUGUCCUGCAUGAUUUGCUCAAGCACACUCCAGUGAGCCACCCUGAUCAUCCACUCCUGCAGGAUGCUCUGCGGAUCUCGCAAAACUUCCUCUCCAGCAUCAAUGAAGAGAUCACUCCUCGUCGGCAGUCCAUGACUGUAAAGAAGGGAGAGCACCGGCAGCUGCUGAAGGACAGUUUCAUGGUGGAGCUGGUUGAGGGGGCUCGCAAGCUGCGUCACGUUUUUCUUUUUACGGAUCUGUUCCUGUGUGCCAAGUUGAAGAAGCAGAUUGGAGGAAAAAGCCAGCAAUAUGACUGCAAAUGGUACAUCCCACUCACUGACCUUAGUUUCCAAAUGGUGGAUGAGUCUGAAGCGGUGCCCAAUAUCCCUCUGGUACCUGAUGAGGAGCUGGAUUCCAUGAAGAUCAAGAUCUCCCAGAUCAAGAAUGACAUCCAGCGUGAAAAGAGGGCCAAUAAAGGCAGCAAGGUCAUUGAGAGGUUGAAAAAGAAGCUCUCGGAGCAGGAAUCCCUCCUACUGCUGAUGUCUCCCAACAUGGCCUUCCGGGUACACAACCGCAAUGGCAAGAGUUACACAUUCCUCAUUUCAUCAGACUAUGAAAGGGCAGAGUGGAGGGAGAACAUCCGGGAGCAGCAGAAGAAAUGCUUUAAAAGCUUCUCACUCACAUCCGUAGAGCUCCAGAUGCUGACAAACUCCUGUGUGAAGCUCCAGACAGUCCACAACAUUCCCCUCACUAUCAAUAAGGAAGAUGAUGAAUCCCCAGGUCUCUAUGGAUUCCUGAAUGUCAUUGUCCACUCUGCCACAGGAUUCAAGCAAAGUUCAAAUUUGUACUGCACGUUAGAGGUGGAUUCAUUCGGGUAUUUCGUGAACAAGGCUAAAACUAGAGUUUACAGAGACACCACGGAGCCCAACUGGAAUGAGGAGUUUGAGAUUGAGCUGGAAGGUUCACAAACUCUGCGGAUUCUGUGCUAUGAAAAGUGCUACAACAAAACCAAGCUCACCAAAGAGGACGGAGAGAGCACAGAUCGCAUAAUGGGGAAAGGACAGAUUCAGCUGGACCCCCAGGCGCUGCAGGACAAAGACUGGCAACGCACAGUCAUCUCAAUGAAUGGAGUGGAAGUGAAGCUGUCAGUGAAGUUCACCAGUCGGGAGUUCAGCCUGAAAAGGAUGCCAUCCCGGAAACAGACCGGGGUGUUUGGGGUCAAGAUUGCUAUUGUCACCAAGAGAGAGAGGUCGAAGGUGCCGUACAUAGUGCGCCAGUGUGUGGAGGAGAUCGAGCGACGUGGGAUGGAGGAGGUGGGCAUCUACCGUGUCUCUGGGGUUGCAACCGAUAUCCAGGCUCUGAAAGCUGCCUUUGAUGUCAAUAACAAAGACGUGUCGGUGAUGAUGAGCGAGAUGGAUGUCAACGCCAUCGCGGGCACCCUGAAGCUCUACUUCCGGGAGCUGCCUGAACCCCUCUUUACGGACGAGCUGUACCCCAACUUUGCUGAGGGCAUUGCACUUUCAGACCCUGUUGCAAAGGAGAGCUGUAUGUUGAAUCUGUUGUUAUCACUUCCAGAACCCAACCUUGUGACAUUCCUUUUCCUUUUGGACCAUUUAAAAAGGGUUGCUGAGCGGGAGAGCGUUAACAAGAUGUCCCUGCAUAAUCUUGCAACUGUCUUUGGACCAACGCUGCUGAGGCCUUCAGAGAAGGACAGUAAAAUCCCCGCGAACCCAACCCAGCCCAUCACAAUGACGGACAGUUGGUCACUAGAAGUCAUGUCCCAGGUUCAAGUUCUUCUGUACUUCCUGCAGCUAGAGACUAUCCCCACCCCGGACAGCAAGAGGCAAAGUAUUCUCUUUUCCACAGAGGUGUAGGUGCCCGUGGUACCAACAGGAUGCAAAAAAACUGCUCUUGGCCUAAAUCUGCCCCACCUGAGAAAAAGACGACUGGUGUUUCUUCAGACAUUGCCGGCCUGUUCCUGUCCUGGGGAAUUAGGGCCCUUCUGCUGUUUGUUAACCAGGGCCAGGCUGAAGGGAAAGGAGAAGAGUUUCUGCUUUGGAUUGGUAGGAGCAGAGCUGAGCUGGAGAUGGAGCUGAAUCUCCACUAGAAGGAGCAAUAGACACUUGGACAAUGCACCACAGAGUGUGGCGUUUAUUCUUGGUGGGAAUGUGACAGAAGGUAUUCCUCCUUUUAUGGAUUUAAUUUAUCAUAAAGAAACUUCAAGAUUUCUACUGGACCACUUGAUAGGAUACCCCUUUUUGGGUGAGGGGGAGUUAAAGGAUAUAUCACAACUGUGUCUUUAAUAACUGCUGUUUUUAAAGUACUGUUCUAGGCCACAAAAAUAGCAUUGCUUUGCGAGAGGAGAGGGGGAAGGGUCUGGGAUCUGAGAUUCCCUCCUCAGAAAUUCAAGUCUUGAUUUGAACAGGGUUCUGAAGAAAUGAAACAGUUUUGCAUACAACUACAGCUGUUGGUUUGUUGGGGGUUGUUUUGUUUGGUUUUGUUUUUUUUUUCCAUCUCGCCCACCCCUUCCCUGGCAAAUGUUUAUGCAGCUCUGGGGAAGGAGAUGCCCUGCUCUUGCCUGUUGCACUUCUGAUGGUUUUCUUUGGGUUAAGGGAGCCAGACCCAGCGAUAUUCCACUAUAAAUAAAUAUAGCAAGUUAAAGAGAGGCAGGGAGGAUUAGAGUCAGUGACUCUGUUAGUGAUUCUGUUGUUUGUUGCAUAUAAAAGCAGGGACAAUAUUAUCCAGGCAGGACUGCUAAAUUCCUUAGACCCCACCAAACUUAAUGAAAAUUAAUUGGGAAGGCUAUUAAUUCCCAACACUCCAAAGAAAGAUGUUAGCAUCUUUUGUUAUCAUCUAAUUGAAGCAUUUGUGGACACACAAAAAAAUAAUCAGUGGCUAUCAGUUUGGCUCACUGCUUACUCCAAACUUUUAUCAGAACAUUUUUUUUGAUACUUGAAUUUUUGGAGGCUUUGUACGUUGCUUCUACGCGAGUCUUUUUCUGAUCGAUACCAAUACUUUGAUAAAAUGUGUCAGAAUGUGCUUUAUGGACAAUCUAGCAGUAGCAUGCAUUGUGUGUUCCCCAGAAAUUCCAACCCUCUUUUAAAUAAGAGCAGUGAAGGAAUUUCUGUGGAGCUCCACAGAGCAGUACAAACGGUGCAGCCAAAUUCUGCCUUUGUGUUUCCCUGCCUGCAUCAGCUCAAGCCCCAGGGGUGACUUGGGCCCAAAGGGCAGCAGCGUUUGCCUGGGGAUCUUGAGGGCAGGAUCCCAUUGCCGGUACCCGGAGCCAGGUGUUGUGGCUGUGAAGCAGUUGUGCCAAACAUCGGGGGGGGACAGGGGUGGUUCCUCUUUCACAAACUACCCCAAGUCUCCUCCGCUUCCUACCCAGAGCUGCAGCAUCCGUUUGGUGGCGUCCGUCCAUCGUCAUCCCAGCGAGAAGGGAAGGGAAGGAACCGGCCUGGGAAGGGGAGGAGGGAGGGACGGAUUCAGAAAGAUCGGUGGAGUUGGGUUGUUGACAUCGUUUGAGGGCAAAUACGACAAAGAAAGCAACCCCUGUCACGCUGAAUCGCACAUUUGCUGAUGAGUGAUCUGCAACCUCUCAAUUAAAACAUAAAAAUAACGAAGGAUUCUUUCAAACACGUGGAAUGAAAAAAUUAAGGGGAAACUACUUUGUAGUCACUGUAAUUCUGACUGCUGCAUAAUACUAGAAAUUAUUGUACUGUGAAGUUGCAAAUUCAAAAAGGAACCAAUAUAAAUUUCAAUUUUGUGAGUAUAUCAAUAUUUUGCAUGCUUUGUAAGGAUUCUUAUAGGAAUUUAAUAUUGCUUAGUAUCCCUCCCUCCUUAGGUCUGGGAGCAAACCUCUUUGUAAUGUAAUGUACAACUAGAAAUUCCUUCUUUCUUGUAUGUAUUUCCACUACAUUCCAACUUCUGAACCCGUAAAACAGAAAAAGUGUUUAUAGUAGGAGGUGCUUUUGGGGGGAGGGAGGGAAUGAAGGCAAGGAAACUUGAAGGCUUACGAUUUUCAUUUUUUUAAUUUUACUGUAUUUUUUUGCCUUUUUGAAGGCAAAAAUGUGUCACAACCCUGAAAAACAUUGACUUACGAAAAGUCACGUAGACCAGUAAACCACACUCUAUGGUUUUGUUUUUAUGUAUUUGUUCUCAUUUUGACUUGGGGGUUCUAUAGCGUUGCAGGCUGGUGCGUGGUGCGUCGCAGGCAGCAGCACCUGCUCACGGCUGCAGGGAAAAGGAGAAAACCCAACGAGGCCAGUUGGGUGAUGGCCUUUUCCUUUCGGUGUUUGGAAUCUGUGGCUGCUCUUUGCAGUGUUGAAACUGGAAAGCAAUACCAUAAUGACUGUGCCAAUUUACUUUUGCCCAAGUUUUUUAUUUUUAUUUAUACAGGAAGUUAAUUUUAAUAUUAAGUUACUGAUCUAUAGUAUGUAAACACGAGAAAUUUGCUUUUGCUUUGGUUACUGUUACAGGUUGUUGCUUUUAGUCUUUCAUUACAAUGCUCAGUUUUAAUGUAAGGUUAUCUAACAUGCAGGCAUGUGGAUCAGGGAAAAAAAAAAAAGUUAAUUUAACUUAACCCGUUAAUUAUUUCUGUUAAGUAUGAAUAUGUUUUUCCCCAAAGCUGGUAAUUUUGGGCUGGAAAAGAUAGCACAUCUUAUUGCUGAUGAUGAAAUCAUGGACUGAUUUGAAAUAUGAGAAUUGAUUUCUUGAAUUUCCUUUAAUUUUGCAAUUAAUUUUUUUCAAAUAGUCUUAUGUUUUCAGAAAUUAAGUAUUUCUAAAAGGCAUUUAUGUUCUUUUCCCAGGGAUGUUGGUUGGGUUUGUUUUUUUCUUUCUUUUGUUUUUUUCUUUCUUUGUUUUUUACUUUGUUAUUUUUUUUAAUAAGCCUUAUCAUACUUAAACAAAAAGGGACUUGCAAAACUUGGCUUUAGAGAAGGGCUUCUGAUUUCUACUUCUGUAUUUCCUUGCGAGUUGGGCCAGAAAACCUAACUCUUCCAUUUUCUGUAAAAAGGUACAAUAUAAACAAAAUAAGAGCAAACUAGCAAAAAAUUACCCUUUACAUGUGCACUGGGAGUUCAUGCUCUUUCAGUUUCUUGUGUAUUGAAGAGACCUUUCUAAAAUGUAGGUUUCAGUAACAGGAAUCUGAAAUAUUUAAACGUUCAACUAAGGAAAUUCAGGUGAUUAGGACAGUCUGUGUGUCGCCAGUUUAAGGAGAGGAAUAAGCACCAGCUUCCUGGCAAUUAGAAACUGUUUUAAAAUUCUCAUGGUUGUUUUGUUUUGUUUUGUUUUUUAACACGGAAUAGGUUUUUAAGUGAAACUUUAAAAAGCUAAGUAAAGAGUUACAAGAUCGGUUUCAGCUUUGUGUUUGCGUGUGCGUUGUCUGGGAGGGGAGCGUCUGAAACCAAAUUGAAACACAUCCAUUAAAAUGCUGCUGGUGUUCUUUAUUCUUGCACAAUCUUAACAAGUUGAGGUAGUAGCUAAGCUAUUUCGGGCUGUAUUUUAAUGCUGCUAUUUUUCAGUGUAUCAGCUAAGGGCAAAAGACAGCAGAGUGGUGACUGUAUGUGCUGGUGCCCCUGCCCGCCUCGCACGGGGCCACCAGCCUGCUCCCGGGGAAGCAAAACUGCAGCUGUUUUCGUUGGCCACGAGGUGGUGGAACCACAGAGUGUGUUUAUGGGAGAUGCAGUAUUUUUACAGUUUAUUCAUGUUACCUGUUUAAAAAUCUGUUUUAUAGCUGUUUAUGUUAGUUUUCUAUGAAUUUAUUUAAACAAAUGUACUGUUCUUUAAAGCAUACGUGGAUCUCCAAAUUUGUUUGUUGCCCUUGUAACACUGGAAGGCAUCACAACGUGUUCAUUUAUCUUAACGUGCCAUUCUUUCAAGUCUGUAUGAAAUGUAAAUUGACCAACAUGGCUUUUAAAAAUGUUUAAAAUCUGAUGUCAAAAACCUGA